UAUAUAUAUAUAUACCCACCACAUAACAAGACCAAACAUAACAGAGCAAGAAACAGAGAAACCAAGGCGCAGAGAGAGAGAGAGAGUCAACAGAGAUGGAGAAAAUUGAGCACACAACGGUAAGCACAAACGGCAUAAACAUGCACAUAGCGUCAAUCGGUACAGGCCCAGUUGUGCUCUUCCUCCAUGGAUUCCCGGAGCUCUGGUACUCAUGGCGCCACCAGCUCCUUUCUCUCUCAUCCUUGGGCUACCGUUGCAUAGCCCCUGACCUCCGAGGCUUCGGUGACACCGACGCACCACCUUCCCCUGCCUCCUACUCGGCCCUGCACAUAGUUGGUGACCUCAUUGGCCUCCUUGACCAUCUGGGUAUUGACCAAGUCUUCUUGGUCGGCCAUGACUGGGGCGCCGUCAUUGCCUGGUGGUUCUGCUUGUUCAGGCCUGACCGGGUCAAGGCCUUGGUCAACCUGAGUGUGGCCUUCAGUCCCAGGAACCCAAAGAGAAAGCCUGUCGAUGGUUUCAGGGCCUUGUUUGGUGAUGAUUACUAUAUUUGCAGGUUCCAGGAACCUGGGGAGAUCGAAAAAGAAUUUGCUGGUUAUGAUACUGCAUCAAUAAUGAAAAAGUUUCUUACUGGUCGUAGUCCAAAACCUCCAUGCCUACCUAAAGAACUAGGAUUAAGGGCUUGGAAAACUCCAGAAACCUUGCCCCCUUGGCUGUUAGAAGAGGACCUUAAUUAUUUUGCCAGCAAAUUCAGCAAGACGGGGUUUGUUGGUGGAUUGAACUAUUAUCGAGCUUUGAACUUAACCUGGGAGAUUACAGGACCAUGGACAGGGCUACAGAUCAAAGUACCGGUCAAGUUUAUUGUGGGCGACCUGGACAUCACCUAUCAUAUCCCAGGCGUGAAGAACUAUAUACAUAAUGGAGGCUUCAAAAGAGAUGUGCCAUUUUUGCAAGAGGUGGUUGUGAUUGAAGAUGGAGCUCACUUUAUUAACCAGGAAAGGCCCGACGAAAUCAGUCAGCACGUAUAUGACUUCAUCCAGAAGUUCUGAUUUUUGUUAGCCCACUAUGUUUGUUUCGCAGUCGCUACUUCAAUAAGUCUGGCUACAUAACCGUAUAAUGACGUCUAAAAAGCAGUGCGACAUUAUGGAACCUCGCUUUCGUGUUGAAUCUAGUUUGAGAUUUUCGUCCUUAAGGUUUGCUUAUGUAAUAAUAAAAUGCAGAGCUUGUUCUAUCUUUUGAUCAUCGUGAUUAUGCCGCAAGCCUCAUUGGCUUAUUGAUUAGCACUUACAAAUUACAAUAUAAGUGUGGUUCAACUUUACCAUCA